AUGGACCCAUUUUCUGAUGAUGUAGAUUUAGAAUUUUUAUACAUGCUUCAAGAAACUGUUGAUGAUACCAAUAAUAGCACCAAUAACAAUGAGGAAUUCGAUUUACAAUUAGAUGUCAAUGAUACAUUUGAUAAUAUAAAUAAUUUAGAUAAUAACAAUAAUAAUAAUAAUAAUAAUAAUAAUAAUAAUGAUAAUGAUAAUAUAACCAAUAAUAAUAUAACCAAUAAUAAUAUAAAUAAUAGUAAUUAUAAUAAUAAUAAUAAUAAUGUUAAUAAUGAUAUUAUCUGUGAUAAAAUAAAUAAAAAUAUAAAUUAUUCAAAUAAUAUUAAUAAUGUAAAUAAUAUAAAUAACAAUAAAAAUGAAAAUUUUAAUAAUGAUGAAAAUAAUAAAACUAUUAAUAUUGGUGGAUAUAAAAUAAGACCUGUUCCUCUUCCACCACCAUUAUCACCCACCCCAACACAGGUUCAAAAACCACAAACACAACAAGCACCACAACAAGAAAAACCACAAACACAACAACAUGAACCACCACCACCACAACAACAACAACAACAACAAAAAAAACCCUUCAUAAAACCACCCUCAUUUCCAAAAAAAAUCAAUUCUCUUUCCAAACCAAUACCCCAAUCUAUUUUAAACACACCCUAUAAUAAUAAAAAUCAUGAUAAUAAUGAUAAUGAUAAUAAUAAUAAUUACGAUACUAAACCUUUAACAAAUAUUGAUGUUCAAGUUAUUCAAUCAAGAAAGGCUUACUCAUCUCACCAACAACUGAACAAUAAUAUUAAUGUUAAUGAAUGGGUUCAAUCUCCAAGCAAACCAUCAAAAUCAAUUUUUAAACCACAAUCAAAAGGUAGUGAAUUUAUUUUUACCGAGGAAGAUGAUUUAAAAGAGGACCCUUCAUUUUUAUCACCCCCACUUUCACCAGAACCACAAUCUCACCAAAAACCAUUUCAACUUAAAUCCCCUGUUUUAUUACAAAAACAACAACAACAACAACAAAAUCAAAAACAAUUUCAAAAGUCACCAUUUAAACAAACCCAAGUCAAUAAUUUUGGCUUCAAUACCUACAUGAAAAAUACUAACAUCCAUGAUUCACCAAUUGAGUCAUUUAAAUACUCUCCAAGUAAGAGGCCCAACACAAGUACAACAUCAACAACAUCAAUAAAAUUUGAGCCAGUUGUUAUUGGCAAAGAAUUUAAAGAAGAAAAAAAGGAUAUUGAAAAAGCCAACAUUAAUGAUAAAAAACCGGAAACAAAUAAAUUAAAGACACCAAAUGGUUAUAAAGCAAUCAAUAAAACAUUCAAUAUUCAUCAAUUAAAAGAACAAAUGGAAAGUUUAGAAAUAUCAGUAUUAGUCUGGGGUGUAUUUUUUGAUAAUGACAAAACAAACUUUGGUGAAUCAACUAUCAAAAAAAGAAAACACGGUAUCAUUUCAAAUGAGCCAUUGGCCUAUUGUAUUUUUAUUGUUUCGAAAGGCAAUGAAACUAUUGAUGACAGCAGCGAUGAAUAUGAACAGCCAACAGUAUUUAGCCGAAAUAACUCCAAAUCAUCUUUAUCACAAUCGUCCUCAUCAUCAUCUCAAAAUAUAUUUAAUAAUGAGAUACCGGAUAGCUAUAUAAUAGAAAAAUACUUUAUAACACUAAUUGAUAAUGUUGGUGGUUUAGUUGAAGAAAAAUUAAAAUUUAUGGUAGAAAUAUUAGAAAAUGGUUUAAUUAAAAAGAUCAGCUACAAUUGUUCCGAUGGCUACAAGCCAUUUAUAAAGCAAUAUCCCUAUAUGAAACCGAUCAAUUCAUUCGAUAUAAAAAUUGCUGCUUGGUUAUUAAAUAGUGAUGGUGGAAACAAUGGUUAUUCAUUCGAAAAGGUCCAAGAAUAUGGCAAGGACGAAUCAAUUAAAACCAUUCAAAAUAUUUCAAAUAGAAAUAUAAUGCAAAAUCAAUCUGAAAAAAUAAAAAAACUCAUCAAUGAAGAAAAUGAAUUUUCAAAAGAAAAUACAAACUAUGGUUCAUUUUCUCAAGAUAUAGUCUAUUCAUUAAAAAUCUAUUUGGUUUUAAAGAAUUUACUUUAUGAUAAAGACUUAUCAUAUAACUUCAUCGAAGAGAUGUCAGUUGUUUCACUUAUCUCAAAAAUGGAGUUGUAUGGAAUUUUAUUGGAAACUAAAAUCUUAAACCAAUAUAAGAAACUACUUGAUGAAAAAUCGGCAAAUCUUUGUGAAUACUUUAGAGAUAACAAUUUAUUAAAUCCAAGAUCCAUUCCACAAGUUACCAAAGUUAUUUAUCAAGAUUUGAAAUUAAAAUUACCCCACCCACCUCCAACUAAAGUUGAUAAAAAAUCACUUAAUGAAAUAAAAGCAUUGAAUCCAAAUCAAGAGGAAUUUAUCAACAAUUUAUUAAUUUAUAGAAAUUUAGAGAAGAUUAAUAAAACAUAUAUUUCUGCCUAUUUAGAACUCGCCGAUAGUUACUAUGAUAAAUUUCAUCAGAAUCAAAAUGAAUCAAACAAAAAAGCUUUUAUUAAAUGUGAUUGGUUACAAUGCGGUACAUCAACUGGUAGACUUUCUUCUUGCAAUCCAAACAUGCAAAACGUUUGCCGUAAUACAAGUAUAAUCUCAUUUGAUGAUGAAGAAGAUCAAGCAUCCAGCCAAAUUGAUGAUUUGUUUUUAAUGACCCAUAUCGAGGAUGAUCAAAAUCAAAAUCAAAACCAUAAUCAAAAUCAAAAUCAAAAUCAAAAUCAAGAGACUAUUAAUAUUAGAGAUGCUUUUAUUUCAAGAGACGGAUACACAAUGCUUGCAUACGAUUAUAAUCAAAUCGAAUUAAGAGUCAUGUCACAUUUUUCAAAUGAUAAACAUUUAAUAAAUUAUUUUAACAAUAAUCAAGAUGUAAUUAGAAGAAUGGCAUCAAAACUCUUAAAUAAAGAAAUCAACGAUGUUACUACUGACGAAAGAGAAAAAACAAAAAGAGUAGUUUAUGGAAUAAUGUAUGGUAUAGGUCCACAAUCAUUAGGGAAACUAUUAAAAAUCAGCACCUCAGCUGCAGAACUUUUAAUCAAUAACUUUUAUAAAGAAUUUCCUCAAAUUUCAAGCUUUAUAACAACAACCAAGAACUCUUUAAAGCAAAAUGACCCAGAAGUUAGAACAAUAAGUGGAAGAAUUAGAAAACUGGGUGAAAUAAAGAAUAGUUUUGAUAUUAGUAUUGCAAAAAGAAGAUCAGUUAAUACAAUUAUACAGGGUAGUUCAGCUGAUAUCAUUAAAAAAUCCAUGGUUAAAAUUAAUAAUUUUUUUGGUGACAUUUGUUCAAUAUUUAAUAAUAACAAUAAUAAUAAUAACAGUAACAAUAAUAACAAUCAAAUAUCUCCAAGAUUUUUAUUACAAAUUCAUGAUGAACUAAUUUUUGAAGUUCCCACAUUUUUAAUAGAGGAGCACCGAGUCGAUCUUUAUAUUAAAUAUUUGAUGGAAUCAGUUUCCAAAGAUUUUAAUUUAAAGGUAGAUUUAAAAACCUCUUUAAAAAGUGGUCAUAGAUGGGGAUCAUUAGAGUCAAAUUCGAUACCAGAAAACUAUAUGGAGUUUAUAAAUAACUUGGAUGAUUUAUUAAACGAAAAUAAAAUAAAUUAA